AGGGUAAAGGGUCUUGGUCGGCUCUUAUGAUCUCUCCGAGUAUUUUAGAUGUCCUAAUUAUCAGCUCUCAUACUCGGCUGUCUGGGAAUCGUUCCAGUUAGUGAUGCACUUUCCACUUGAAAUUACUUCAAAAAACGUUAGGCAUGUCGGCGGUACAUUGUACAAGCAUUGUCAGACGACCAUCCAGAACCCGCAGCGUGCUGGAACGGCAAAUAAUUGUGUCUGUCACACUUGGUAUGUGCGUGCAAAUGAGCCGGAGCUAGGAACACAGCCUUGAAGGCGGACAAGUGCAACGGGUGCAUUUGUGUCAAGAACAUGAGUAGCAACACAGAUGCAGAUGCGAUGAAAGAUGCACCACUACCGUGCAGAAGACCUAAACUCCUGCCUCGACUGCUUCAUUCAGCGGACCCGUCCAGGUGUGUGUACUAUCGUGACUAAACUCUGAGCAUCACCCACUCCAAGUGGCAGCAGAUCAUAGCGCGGUAUAAGCCAUUCAUGUGUUAUACUCUUAAGGGGAUCACCACUUGGCACGGGUUAAACACACUCCAGACUCGGAUUAACCUUCUUGCUAGCAAACGCAUAACAAACCCAGGGAGCACAUCACUCGCCGUUUAACGUGUAUAUCUAAGGCGCUGUGCUAAAGGACAGUGCGUGAGUGAAGAGAGGAUAAUGAAGUGAACCCUGUCGACCCGAUGACACUUGGACGAAAACCAAUCAGAUUGGCGGACAUUCUGUGUUUAUGAAAGAGCGAAAUCCGUACGGCCGACCCCCACUUGCCAGACCAUUUAAGACUCUUUAGAGGAACAGCAUCAGUACUAGAGAUGUACACUACACUGAUAAUACUCAGCCUGCUAGGAGUUCAGCUAGCGGGGACGAUAGGCCUCUGGGGAGCCUAUGAGACGCCUUUUGAACUAAACCCCAAGACCAAUCCGAACGCAGUGUGCAAGAGAAUUAUCGGGACCGACUUCUGCAACUCUCGUCCAGGGAUUGUCUCUAAAGUGCUGGAGGGGAUAGCAUCCUCGGUGGAGGAAUGCCAAAACCGAUUCCGUAACAGAAAGUGGAACUGUACCACUCAGAAACGGUCGCUUCGUAAGAUACUGCAGCACGACUAUCGCGAGACCGCGUUUGUGUUUGCGAUUACUUCAGCGGGAAUUACGUUCACUGUGAGCAAGGCUUGCUCGCUCGGCGAGCUCCAAGGAUGUGGCUGUAACGCGCGAAAGGGCCUGGAUAUCUCAUCCUCCAAUUUGGUGCCCCAAGGCCGAGACGAACUACAAUACGAGAAACGCUCCCUUCACGAAAAUGCAAUGGGUCUCGACGAAGCUGAACGGCACGACUUCGAGCGUCGAGGGUGUCAACACGUCUAUACUCAGUUCGGUUUCGACACGGCAAAACAGUUUAUGGAUCCGAUGGGGAGUAGGGACGCUAAAGCACUUAUUUCCCGACACAACAAUAAAGCCGGAAGGCUGGCAGUCAAGAAUCAUAUGGAAAAGAAAUGUCGUUGUCAUGGUCUGUCUCAGACAUGUCAGAUGAAGACCUGCUGGUGGGAGCUUCCCGCUUUUCGCAGCGUCAGCGACCGCAUCAAGACACACUUUGACGGCGCUGUCAAGGUCUAUGUGGACAAUAAAGGCGAACGUAUCAUUGCUGAAGAGAGUACAGUGAAGCCGCCUACAGAAGAGGACCUUGUGUAUACCACAAGGUCACCAGACUUUUGCAACAGUGAGUACCGUACGGGCUCUCUUGGCACUAGAGGGAGGACAUGCAAUGAGACGAGCCAAGGGACUGGGGGCUGUGAGCUCCUGUGCUGCGGCAGAGGCUACGAGAGAACUGUUAUCAACGAGGAAGUGAAUUGCAGGUGCAGGUUUCACUGGUGUUGUGAAGUAAGAUGUAAAAAGUGUAAAAAAGAACGAGUUGUGUUCACUUGUAAAUAAAGAGCUGGAAGAAAAUCGCCGGUAAGAUGGUAACCGUAGCCAGAGGGAAAAACCUCCGGUUUAAACCAAUAAAUAUUUGGCUUUAAAUCGGAGAUACCGAAGAACAAUGAAAUGAGGUUUAAUUCAUGUUGGUUCUGGACUGCUCUGGAGGUGCCAAGGCGGUGCCAAGUCGCCAAGUCGAACCUUACAGUACACCAUUCUUCGGCGGGAGACAAGAAAGGCAUCUAUUGAGAUGCAAAGCUCCAAACAAAAAGCCCACUCGCUUUGAAUCUCUGUUAAGUACAACAGAUGAAUAGGGCUUAUCGCUCAAUAGGACUUUAUAGCUCCGCGCACCAAGGUUUAUGAUAAACAAUAAGGAUCGAACAGCAGGACGCGCUCUGCAUGACGGGUACAAAGCCAAAACAUCGACACUUCAUCCGUAAAGAUAGGAUAUUAUAUUAUCGACCGCCCGCGGGCUUCGCAAUUGCGGAGCAUUUAACGAGUCCGUUAAGUCGCUAUCCGUUUUAAACGAUUCGCCGUAGUCAACCUACUGCAUCUGGACGAGUUGACCCGAAAAGAACGCUUUGCACGAUUUGCUUCUCGCAUUGGCAUCAUUGAUCGUAAAAGCGAGCAACAGGACCCAUGUGCGUGUGUCGAAGGCUGGUUUUAAUAUCGUGAAACAACGGGGUCUUUGAGACAUCCUGCAUGGCGUCCCGUCAGGCCGAAAAAAAACAAGUCAUUCAUGUUAUGAGUUGCUCAUUUUGUUCGCGAAGAUUAACAAUGAAGCCACUUAAUUAAACUACACCAAGCGAGGAUUGACAAAAAUAGGACGUUUUGAGGACAGGACUCGAGUCGCUUUGAGGUCUCUAGAACCGAUAACUGGUGUAUUUGUACCAAGGCCUGUGCUCUUAAAACCACAGGGAAUGUGGGCGAGGAACUGUUGCGACAAUGAUUGACAAAAAUAUACAUAAGUACUCACUAAGAAAUAUUCGAGACUUUUACGGAAUUCGUUCAACUAUGCAGGAAUCUCUACAGAAAAGAUAAUAAUAAAUAUCUCUUAUGACCCUCAGUGGGCCAUGAAGGGAUUGUUAUGGCAAAAGCCAAGGAUACUUAUACAUUUCCGAAAAUCAAAGACAAAUGAACCAGCGAGAAAUAAUUAUUACUCUUAAAAUUUAAAAGAGUAAAGCUCAGUUGUUGCUUUUUUGAAUAAAAGGCUAUUACAGGCCAAUGGUGGUACAAUGGUAGGCCAAUUCAUAGCCUCCACCGCAUCAAGGGUUGAGAUAGUUAGGCGAUAUUACAGUGCCAAAAACCGAUCUUAAACGGAAACAAAAGCGCGGGGGCUGAUUUCCACAGCGUUUAGUGUAAUAAAGAGAUCAUGGUCCUAAGCAAUUUCCUAGUACAAGAUUGUUUGAAUAUAAUAAAGAAAUGCAAACAA